AGUCGGGCAGGCCGGGUCGGUAGCAAACGGGCAAACAGGGUACCAGGAGCGAGCGGAAGAGUGGUCAGGACAGGCCGGGUCGGUAGCAAACGGGCAAACAGAGUACCAGGAGCAAGCGGAAGAGUGGUCAGGAAUAGCCGAGGUCAGGACAGGUGGAGUUCGUUCAGAGUCAGGAUCAGAGCAGAGUCAGGAUCAGGCAGGAAGCAGACAGGAUGCAGGUACAGGUGCUCAUGGGAAACAUACACCAAGGCACUG